AUGACAUUACAAGAGGUAGGAGAUGAUUACACAAAAGAUGGAACUGUUGAUCUUCGGGGCAAUCCUGUCCGAAGAUCCCAAAGAGGUCGUUGGAAAGCUUGUUCCUUCGUCAUUGUGUACGAGAUAUUUGAAAGAAUGGCUUAUUAUGGGAUAUCGAGCAAUCUAGUAAUAUUCAUGACUACCAAAUUGCACCAAGGCACGGUCCAGUCGUCUAACAAUGUGACCAAUUGGGUUGGGACCAGUUGGCUCACUCCAAUAUUGGGUGCUUAUGUUGCCGAUGCCCAUCUCGGCCGCUAUAUUACUUUUGUCAUCUCUUCCACUAUUUACUUUUCGGGAAUGGCGUUGCUGACAUUAUCAGUAUCUCUACCGGACCUUAGGCCACCGAAAUGUACAAAGACCAAUGUUGAAGACUGCGAAAAGGCUUCGGUUUUACAAUUAGCUGUUUUCUUUGGAGCGUUAUACAUUUUAGCAAUUGGUACAGGAGGCACCAAACCAAACAUUUCUACAAUAGGAGCUGAUCAGUUCGAUGUCUUUGACCCAAAGGAGAAGAUUCAUAAACAUUCAUUCUUCAAUUGGUGGAUGUUUAGUAUCUUCUUUGGUACUCUCUUUGCCACUACCGUUCUUGUUUAUGUUCAAGAUAAUGUAGGAUGGGCCUUAGGUUACGGGCUUCCAACAUUGGGGCUUGCGAUUUCCAUUAUCAUAUUCUUGGUAGGUACUCCGUUCUACCGGCAUAAACUCCCCACGGGAAGCCCAUUCACGAAGAUGGCUAGAGUGAUUGUGGCUUCACUUCGUAAAGCUCAAGCGCCUAUGUCACGUGAUCCCACAUGCUUCCAUGAGCUCCCUUUGUUGGAAUAUGAGAGCAAGAGAACAUUCCCAGUCCAUCCUACAAGAAGUCUCAGAUUCUUAGACAGAGCUUCACUCAAGACCGGACCGACCAAUAAAUGGAGUCUCUGCACUACAACAGAAGUAGAAGAAACAAAACAAAUGUUAAGAAUGUUACCUGUCCUGUUCAUAACGUUCGUCCCAAGCAUGAUGCUCGCUCAAGUCAUCACUCUAUUCGUCAAACAAGGAACCCUCCUCAACCGUCACAUUACCAGCAACUUCAGCAUCCCACCUGCAAGUCUCGUAGGCUUCACUACGUUCUCCAUGCUCGUCACCAUAGUCAUAUACGACCAGAUCUUUGUUAAACUCGCCAGAAAACUAACCGGAAACCCAAGAGGCAUCACAUUGCUUCAACGAAUGGGAAUCGGUAUCUUCCUCCACAUCUUAAUCAUGAUCAUUGCAUCAGUAACAGAACGGUAUAGGCUCAAGGUCGCUGCUGACCAUGGACUAGUCCACCAGACCGCUGUACCACUUCCCUUGACCAUUUUCGUGUUGCUGCCACAGUUUGUGCUAAUGGGUUUGGCUGAUACUUUCUUAGAAGUAGCUAAGCUUGAGUUUUUCUACGAUCAAGCACCUGAGAGUAUGAAAAGCCUCGGCACAUCUUACAUGACCACCAGUUUAGCAGCCGGGAACUUCAUGAGCAGCUUCUUGCUUUCGACAGUGGCUCGGGUGACGAAGAACCAGGGAAGAGGAUGGAUUCUUAACAACUUGAAUGAGUCGAGGUUGGAUGACUAUUACAUGCUCUUUGCGGUUAUAAACUUGGUUAACUUCAUCUUCUUCUUGAUGGUGUCUAAGUUCUAUGUGUACAGAGCUGAAAUCACUGAUUCAGCAAACGAAAAACAGGAGACAAAGGUUCUAGAUAAUAACAAGGAGUAAGGGAAUGCAUUCAGCUUC